AUGCUUGACCGAGCAGACGACACCGCAGCAAAUAUCGAAGAAAAGGCGCCGCUGCUGCGCUCUUCGACCGAAAGCAGCGUCACAGCGGUAGGUGAUGACAUGAAUAAACUCAAAGAGUCAUCUUCUGCGUCCUCUGAAGAUGACGAACAUGAAGAUCAGGAGAAAAGGCAUUUUGAGGACAUGCGGAUCCGCAUGAUGGAUAUCGGUGUCUGGCGUGUAUUUUAUCAGGAUAAGCCAUGGAGCUUCCUUCCUGGCUACGAGACAGUGCGCAAAUUCAAGGAGAUUGGAGAGGGCGUGCCAUAUCUUUGGCGGUUCAUGAAAGAGAUUUGGCGCAUUGCCCCUCUGCAAUUGAUUCUGUGGAGCCUUAUGAAUAUUUGGGAGUCAUUCCAAGCUGCGCUCUCACUCUGGGUCACUGCACAACUUUUGGAGACGAUGCAAGGAAUCAUUCUUUCCGGCAAGGCGGACCUUUCCGCUGUCCGACGGGCCUUUGCGUUGAAAUUCGGCUUCGCACUCCUCGAAUGGUCUCUGGGACGGUUAUCUGCACGAACGUACAAAAUACUUUCGCAACGUAUUUCCAAGCUUUGCGGGUCCCAACUGCUUGACGCAUACACACGCAUGGAUCUCGUGACGCUCCAGCGCAAAGACGUGCAAUCCAAGCUGCGCAAGACAACGAAUACAUUCCUCGGUGACAAUAUCUGGCGCGAGUUUACAAGCCUCGUCGGCCAGUUCUCGAGUAUUAUGGAGAUUGCUAGCCAAGGCUAUUUUCUCCUCAAUUUUUUCCGCUCCCAAGAGAACGGGUGGGCACUCGCGGCUGUUUGUGUGCUACCACAGGUGAUACAGGGAAUUCUUUACAAUGACGAGUUUGGGGGAGUAUGGUUUGCGCAUGCUGUCAACAAAGCAUACCUUAGACUCCGAGCUGUUGGCGAUACAGCGCAGGACAAGACUUAUUUUGAGGAGAUUAUCAGCUCUGGGCUCGGCGUCUAUCUCCAACGAGAGUAUCACAAGGCUAUGGAUGGACUCGGAACCGUCUCUCAUAGUCACGUAUACCGCGUGCUAUGGGAUGAGCGAGGUCCAUGGAAAGAUCUCAUCAACGUCGCCUUACAAGACGUAUCCCUGAUCUACUAUCUCGGCAUCGUGGCGCUCAACCCUUCUUCAUUCUCAUUGACCUCGCUCACCGUAUUACGCGAGUCAGCCCAGUCAUUUGCGUGGACAAUCUAUCGCGUGUUCCAACACGACCAAUCACUCAACGAGAAGAUUCGUUUCAUUCAAGACUACUAUAGCCUUCUCGAAAUGCGCAAUUCCAUCGUGGAUGGGUACCUUCCGUACCCACCUCCUGAAUGCGUCGCCAUGGAGGGGAUGAAAGUGGAAUUUAGGAACGUUUCGAUGAAGUACCCAAAGACUACGACUUAUGCACUCAAGAACGUGUCUUUUACAAUUCCGGCGGGUGCAACGGUCAUCCUUGUCGGCGCAAACGGGAGCGGGAAAACGACGACCGUGUCACUCCUGUCACGAUUGCUCGAAGCGAGCAGUGGGGAGAUUCUCAUCGACGAUCGACCCAUUUCGACCUAUCAGGUCCAGUCCCUGCGCGACGCACAGGCCGUGCUGAGACAAAGCUAUCAGCAUUUCCCAUUCAGCAUCAAGGAGAAUAUAGGGAUCGGAGAUCCAAUGUGGAUCGAGAUUGCGGAGAAGCAAGGCGCGCAUAUAAUCGAGGAGAGAAUUAUGCGCGCAGCGAAAUUGGGUGGGGCGGAUGAGAUUAUCGAAGAGGUCAAGGAAAAGCACAAAAAACGGGCAGAAGCUCUGAAAGAGAUCGAGAAAAAGCGCGUGCAGGACAAGUGGCAUCUCCCUGGGACGGGUGCAGGCAACAAGGACAGCACCGGCGGAGAAGAUGCGGAGGGUUGGGAGGUCAACGUCGCUCCAGUCUCUACUUGGGAAGGAUCUUGGCAGCUUCAAGGGACAAAGCUUUCGGACAUGUCCGAAGAAGUCGAAAAGAAGAUUGAGCUCAGCGGAGGGCAGUGGCAGCGACUGGCUCUUGCACGGUUGUUCAUGCGCGCAGAGAGGGAUCAAGUUCGACUCGUAUGUUCGGACGAGCCAAGUGCAGCGCUCGAUCCCAAAGCCGAGUAUGAUGUCUUCCAGAGUCUCAGGGAGCUGCGUGGGCGAAAGACGACGAGGAUUUUUAUCACGCAUCGUUUUGGACAUCUGACCAAGCAUGCGGAUCUUAUUUUAUGUCUCAAGAAGGGCGAACUCGUGGAAGCAGGGACACACGACGAGUUGAUGAAGGCUAAUGGAGAAUAUGCCACAUUGUAUAACAUUCAAGCACAGGCUUUCCAGGGCGGUGCAUGA